ACGUCUCUCUGUCUUAUACAUAACACCAACACCAAAGAACCUUAGAAGCAGCGUGACAAAAAUAUCAGAAAUUGAAAAGACAUGGCGGGUCUGUUUGACAAGCACGCAGAGACCUACCUACAAGCCAGGCCAUCUUAUCCAAGUGAGUGGUACUCGAUGCUUGCCGCCCGCACCUCUCAUCACUCUCUGGCUUGGGAUGUCGGCACCGGAAACGGUCAAGCUGCUGUUGGCGUCGCAGGUCAUUAUGAGCAAGUGAUAGCAACCGACGUUAGCGAAGCUCAACUGAGUUUCGCAAUGCCACAUCCUCGGGUUCGCUACGUGCACACUCCACAAUCCAUGACAGAGGAUGAAAUGGUGGCCUUGAUGGGGGGCGAAAAUCGUGUCGAUCUGAUCACCGUCGCGACCGCAGUGCACUGGUUUGACCUUCCAAAGUUUUACAAGCUAGCCAAACGACUUCUGCGUAAGCCAGGAGGUAUACUAGCCGUUUGGGCUUAUAAUGACAUGGUCGUUAACCCCGAAUUCAACACUGUAAGUAGGCGACUCUGGGAAGCUUCCAUGCAGUUUUGGCACGCGGAUGCCAAGUACGUAAUUGACGGGUACAGAAAUCUUCCAUUCCCUUUUGAGAGUGUGGGCUUAGGCCACGAGGGAAAGCCAACGCAACUCGAAAUUCGAAAGGAGCUCCUGUUCGAAGGGUACUUGAAGUUUCUAAAAUCUUCAUCACCAUUUAACUUAGCCAAGGAACAAGGGGUGGAUUUGUUGUCCGAAGAAGUGAUUGAAGAGCUUGAGAGUUCUUGGGGAGGGGCUAAUCUGGUCAGAACUGUCACCUACAAGGCUUUCAUGCUCGCAGGAACAGUCAUAGAGUAAGUCUUCAGUUGUAUUUUUGGUUUGCCUGAUUCUAUUUCCUCAAUAAUCAGUUCGACCUUUCUCCACCAA